ACCUUGGUGGCUGGAACUAGCGGUUGCGCACUAACACAAUCUGUGUUCUCUUCAUUCUGAAGGCACAAGCAAUAUGGGCGUUCUCUGGCCUUACUCAUGGAACACCGAAACAGUUUGCCUGCUUCUCCGGAAAAGAGAUGGCCCUCGGUGUGCGGUGGCAUCGCAGUGCUGAUUGUCUCUCCAUUACAAACAGGAACACUGCAUUCCUUCAUCUGAUCACUUGCCGUCUGGUCAAGGUGGCGAUCAGAAAGGACAAGACCACCACCUCCAGACCUCUCCAUCGCAGAAGAGCCUUUUUGACAGUCAAAUGUGGCUAUUGAAUAGGUGGAGUCGGUGUACCACCAGGCCACAUUUACUAUAGUCGCGCUAGUGUUCCCACUUCUAUGAUGGGGCGCAUAUGCCAUUCCUUCCACGUUAUAUGAACAGCCUGAGCCAUACAUAAACAGCCUAUCUGCUCGUAUCCUCUGUCUCUACCAACUCCCGUGAACCACCAACCCCACCAUGACUAGCGUCGAAAUUACUCAAGACAUUGGAUUUUUGACUCAAGCCAAUAAUCCCAAAGAGCGCGUCUAUCAUGUCGUUGCCGACUCAGCCUACGUUCUCCCUGCAGACGAGGAGGAAGGAAACAGACUUGACCUGCAACAUCUGCUCGUGAAGAACGUUUUCGGCGGCCGUGUAAUAUUCGCGCCCAUAGCGUUCACAGAUGAAGACAAUGUCCUAGAUAACGGUACCGGCACUGGGGCGUGGAUUAUGGACGUCUUCCAGAGCAUCCCGCCCACAGUAUCUUUUUACGGCGUCGACCUCCACAUCCGUCUCGUUCCAGCAGAUCCACCGGAGAACACGCAGUUCAUAGCGUGCUCGUUCCUUGACCUUCCAGCUGAUUGGACUGACAAAUUUGCUCUGGUCAAUCAGCGCCUGAUGCUGGCCGCGCUUACGCGGGAGAACUGGACAAAGUGCAUCAGCGAAAUCUAUCGCGUUCUGAAGCCUGGCGCCUGGGUCCAGUUGGUAGAGAUUGAUGGAUACCUAUUCUCCGACGAUCAUGAUGAGAGCGCAGAGUGGUUCUCGAGCCUUCUGGGCGCGCUUUUUGGGCAUAAAGGGCUCAUCCAAGAUUGUCAUAAGGUCAUCCCGAGCCUGUUGUGCGAAAAAGGCUUUGAGAACGUGGUAGUUGAAGAGCGCAAGGUCCGGUUGGGGCACAAGCACGGCGAGGAUGGCAUCAAAAUGUUGGAGAACAUGGUUCGUGUCUACCAGGGCAUGAAAGCUCCCAUUUUCGAGGCCGGUGGAUGUGGGAUCGUAAACUCCGAGGGAGACUUCGAUUCCCACCUUGAAACCUUGGCAAAGAGCUGCAAUGACAAGGGGAGCAUCGAGACUAGAUGGUACGCAAUACACGGACAGAAGCCUUAUUAGUGCCAGCUUAUUACAUGUCCUGAAUCGUACUACGCUAUUGUAUGGCAAACAGACAAGAUUUAUUCUAUGUGAAACCAGAAAUCGUCAUUGACUGGCAACACACAUAUGUAACGUUGGAUAGCUAUCAGACGUGGAAGCCUUGCCAAAU